GUGGUCGACUUCCUGUGUUCCAGCGUGAAAUCAAUAAACUGCAGCAGUGAAGUAGGAAGAGGAGAGAAACCGACACUAAAGAAGCAGUGAUGGUAGGUGUCCUGCCGGAUGAGGCCUCCUGGAAUCAUACAUAAACCAGAGGAGGAGUUGAUGGAUCUCUCACUAUUAUAGUUCCAGAGGAGAGAAAGCAGCAGUCAAAGGUUGAUAAACAUUUCCAGCCUCUACUGAAUUUAAUGAACUCUCCAAGACACAGAGCAAACAUGGUCCACGUGUACAACUGCCAUCCAUUCGCCUCACAGCAGAUAGUUCAGGUGGAGCAGGAGCCUGGACUGGUUUGUUGUGGAGGUGGAGCCUUGUUCGUGGUGGCUACUGGAGGAUGCAAGGUGGAGGCGUACAGUCUGGAGCAGGAGGGCUGCCCUCUCAUCUGUCGCUUUGCCACAAUGGGAACUGUGAGGAGCGUCCAGCACAGCAAGAUAGGAGAUUACCUGGUGACCAUUGAGGAAAAGAAUAGCGCCACCUACCUGAGAGCCUACACCAACUGGCGAUACCAGGCCGAAGAAAAAGCCCGUGUUGGGGUGCGUUUGUUGGGCCACUUGCUACGUGGGGCAUCUGUACGGGGCGGAGUGCAGAUGGAGAUCAUUGAGAUCCCUCUGUCUGAGCGUCCUGUUGCCAUGGCUUGUUGCUCAGUAACAGGAGACCUGCUGGUCGGCUGCGAGAACACUCUGGUUCUGUUUACUUUGAGGAGGCAGAACCAGCAGAACCUGCAGAAUCAGAGUCAACAGAACAUUCAGAGCCCUUGGCCGAACACUCAGCAAAGCUCCAGUCAGAGUCAAGGUCAAACCUCAACUUCGAACCAGAAUUUUUCAGUCCUGGACUUUGAACGCUCAGUCAUCAUGCACCUUCCAAAAAUCACACCUAAACAGGUGGCGCUGUGUGGGGGAUAUGUUGCAGUGCAGGCAGAGCUGGAGGUGCUAGUACUGAAACUGGAUGCAUCGUCUGAACCCAAAACCAUGGACAAAUCACUGGACACAAGUAAAAGUGCAGAUCAUCUGGAAGACCAGAGUGACUUUCUGCUCAUCCCGAGGCACCAAGAGUUGCUUGGCGAUCGAGCUAAAGACUGUGACAUCCCUGUCAGCAUCGAAAAGACCGGGCUGGAGGACAAAGGACAAUACACGCUAUCAUAUGUUCUUUUCAGGCGUUUUACUCCCGAGUUCUUCCAGGGCUGCAGUGUGGAGGAGACACAGCUCCACUCUCUGCAGCUCUACCCACUUUUCACCAGUAAUCAGUCAGUGUCUAUGGAUGAACCAGCGUGUAUGUUCUGCUUCUUCUCCCUCCCCAACGCCGGCUACCUGUACAGCCUGAAAGGUGGAGUCGAGCUGCUUUCAGCCUAUCAGUAUCCAGAGAAGGUCCUGGAGGCGGUGCUAACCGACCACCUGUUGCAUGUCAUAACGAGGAAUGCAUUACAGUGUUUCACAGUACGCUGUGCAGCAGUAGCAGCAAGGAUUGAAGACCCCUACAUCGAUACCACCAUGAGGGCCUGUCCACCCUGCAGCCUCGAGGUGUGUGCGCUCAGGAUGCAGCUGUUUAUUGGUCUGCGCUCAGUGUGUGUCUAUGGUCGCCAUGUUAUCCUGCUCUCCACCGCUGACACGGAGACAUCAGAGGAGACCGAACGCACCACGCAGCGCAGGGGCCUCGAGUUGAAAGAACACACCAUGCUGACUGGUAUUUUCCUGGCGGUGGGAAUCGAUCCCGCAACCACGCCAGCUCUGGAGAGCCUUCUAUCACGCCCCUUCCUGAGCAGGAAGUGGACAAUCUCCUCUCCCAAAGAAACCAGUGCAGCAGGACAUGGAUGGAAUCUGUAUGUGGUCGACACCGUCUCCCCCUUCACUCUGUACCAAGAGAUGGUUGAAUACAGUCAGCACUAUGCAGAGACCAGCCCACAGGCCCAAAGCCUUCGACACCUCCUCAGUGAAGCUCACCUCCUCCUCCGUGCCUCUUUGCUCCAAACAUCAGAGCAGCAACAGCACAGUGAGGGCGACCCCACACCAUCUCAGCAGAAAGAUACAGACAGACAACCUGAGAGACAGACAGCUCUACAGACAGACAGACAAGAACUGGAAGAGGCACUCAGGCAGAACUGUGCACAGCUGGGAGACUGUUUCAGCAGGGCGAGUCAAAAGGACUGCCACCUGGCUUUACCAUACUACAGGAUGUCUGGUCUGUCAGUCACAGAGGUCAUGGUCAGGAACCGCCCACAUCCCAGCAGCCCUCACUCAUACGGCCCCGGUUUCCUGUUUUACCUGAAACAUUACCUGUUAGAGGAAACAGAGCAGACCCUCAAUCAGGAAUCAGCUGAUGAGGUCAUAGACAUUUUUGGCCAAUCAGAUCCCUCAGAGCUUAUCACUGUAUGUGCCAGCCCGUCCAUGAUAAAUGUCAGUCCUGCCCGGACGCUGCAAAUUCUACAGCGUCUGGAGGACACAGCUGGUGUGUCUGUUCCACUGACAAUCACCAUGGCAACCAUGAUGCUGCGUUUGGACGACCUGCCACAGUACACUCAGUUAAUAAACAGACAUGCAGAGAUGCUGCUGGUGUAUGGUUUCAUCGAGGAGCCCAGGCUUCUGCUUCAUGGUGGGGGUCAGCACGCACACGUCCGUCCCACAGCGUUGGCUCAUCAGCUGGCUAAGUUACAGCCAGGGCUGCUGGUGGCCGCCAUGGUGGCUCUUCAUGAGAACAACAAAGUUCAGCUAGAACAGGCCGAUCAUGUUUUCAAGGAACUAGGCUGUGAGAACUGCUUACAGGUGGAUUUCUGGGAGGCGAUGCUCAUGGCCUCUUCACAGGAAGCUGUCAUCCAGGAGCUUCUGUUCAGACUGGCUUCUGUCUACAUUGAUCAAUUGACCUACACAAACUCAGAUACACACUCCAGCGUUCUUCACGCACCUCAAAGACGCAGGUCGCUGAAGAGUGCUGAUGAUCUGAUCAACUCAUGCUCCCAUUAUGGUGCUCUGUACCCGUGGCUCACUGUUCUCAGUCCAGCUUACAGUACCAGCUUCCAACAUCAGGAGUCGUUACACAAACUGCAGUCUCUUCUAUGCGGUCCUUCCUUGUCUAUUGGUUCUGUCCUGCCCCUGUUAGAGCGUCUGUCAGAGGAAACUUUGUGGGGUUUCAGCCUGCACCUGCUCUGUGCCACCAGAAGAGGGCAGUAUGACAGCAGCAUUGAGAAGUUGCUGGAUAGAUGUCCUCAAGCCAUCAUAGCCUACGCCAAUCACCAGUUACAGGACAAAAACAUGGCAUUAUGGUGGCAGAAGCUGCUCCCGGAGCUUUGUAAUCGGACGAGAGCAGCUGCAGAAAACAGCAUCCUAUUGGCCGCUCUUAAAGAAACACUGGUGGUAGUUGCCAUGGAGACAAGCCCCACAGACUUCCUGGAGCUUAUACCUGACGAUGGCACGGCUGCUUACUUCCUGCCUCACCUGCUGACAUGUAGCCAGAGACACCUGCUAACCUGAGACACACCAAGACAGACAUGUUGACACUUCCUGGAUGACACAUUUAUCUUUGUCCACUGUCAGCUGUUGAACUGUGGCACUGGAGCAGUUGGAGGCUCAGCGUUUUGGACCUUUGACAGUCGUUGUUGAUGACGAUUGAACCUAGAAACACUUAAAAUAUAAUUCAGGUUCUAUAAUUUCUUUGCAGUGACCAGCCCCUUGGUUGUUUGACCUGAGACAGUCAUAUAUUUCAAGUAUAAUUAAAAAUCUUACAGUAUUAAUAGCCCUGAUGUCCCAAGACCAAGAAGUGGAUUCUGAGCACUUUUGAGCUGUGGGUUGGCUCAGAUUUUAUAUGCUUUGGCUUCUACUUAGUUUUCACAUGUUGAGCUCUGUGGUGAAAAAAAAAGUUUUAUGUUUUGUUUUCAUUGCAAGACAGUAACUAAAUAUUCUAUAUUGUGAGAUAAUUUCACAGCUGUUAAAUAGACAAUUAAUUACAUCAACAGUAAAUAUCUUAACAGAUA